UCGAUCAAGCUAACUGCACUCAUCAGACCAUAAAAGUCAUGGACGAUUUCCUCAAGAACCCAAAGGGCAAUACUUUCACGCAAGUGAGAUAUAGCCGAAAGUGAAGUCCGAGCUUACUCACUGCGUUGCACGGUGAACUCGCGGCGAUGUUCAGUGACGUAGACCAAGCACAUGUUCUCGAACCUUCUAAUAUUCCCAUAUAACGUUGACGGUUCGAAAUCGAUUCCAACCGAAUCACAUACAUUCACAGAACAUGACAGAGCCCCACACUCCACUUCGACUUGCCCGCUCCAUCAGCCAAAUUAGAAUCACGCAAGUCGGCGCCGGCUCAGUGAAGCUCGACAACUUGAGGCCGAUUGUAGCAAACAGCGAUGGUGUUUGUGAAUUUCUAUUCCUCGCUUUGACCAAUGUCACCGAAUCUGAACGCAGACGCUUUCCCACAUUGCUAACUGGGAAAAUAUGACGGAGAAAGAGAAGGAGACGACUCUCAAGGUCUUAUCGGCCAGAAAUAAGCAAAUGGUGUGGCUGUUACUGGUAUUGUUACUGAUGGCAUAACACAGAAUCCGGUUGAAAAAUGAGAAGGAGAAGUU